AUGGCGGAAUUACAGAUCAAGGUGAAGCAUCAGGGCAAGGUGCACGAAGUUACAGUCAACACCGAGUCCACUGGUGAAGAACUCAAGAUGCAGCUGUACUCCCUCACCAACGUCGAGCCCGAGAACCAAAAGAUUUUGGCAAAAAAGAUAGUGAAAGACGACACGCCCCUAAGCUCCGUGGGCUUGAAGAACGGCGCCACAAUCACGCUUAUAGGCACGCCUUCAGCAGAAGCUAUGGUGGAGGCACCACGAGAGAAGAUGAAGUUUGCAGAGGAUAUGACGGAGGCAGAGCUUGCGCAGCUGGAGGGUGCCACACCGGCAGGCCUGCAAAAUACUGGCAAUACGUGCUACGCAAACGCAACCCUACAAACACUCCGCGCCAUUCCCGAGCUUCAACAAGAGCUACAAAAGUACACGAUGGCCCCACAGUCAUCCGCAGCCUCAGGAUCGUCAUUGUUUUCGGCGGAUCAGCUGGCGCAGCAUGGCAUUGGUGGUCUUGGAGGCGGCAACGACCUUACAGGUGCACUGCGGGAUCUGUACAAGCAGAUGGGCGAGACACAGGAGGGCUUUCCGCCAAUCAUGUUCUUGACGACCCUACGACAGCAAUUUCCACAGUUUGCGGAGCGAGCGAAGACGGGUCAUGGCUACGCCCAGCAGGACGCCGAAGAAGUGUGGUCGCAGCUGGUCCACGUGCUGCAUGGCUCGCUCAAGACCACGGACGAGCAGGGACAAUCGAAGGCAUGGGUCGAUCAGUAUUUGGGUGGACAGUUUGAGAUGAAGACGACGUGCGACGAUGCGCCAGAGGAAGAGUCUACCGUUAAUACCGAAGGCUUCACCGACCUCAAGUGCAACAUCGCUGUUGAAACGAACCACUUGCGAGAAGGUCUACGGCUUGCGCUGGACGAGAAGAUCGAGAAGAACAGCCCAAGCUUGGGCAGAGAAGCAACGUAUACACGUGUGUCGCGGAUAUCCAGGCUGCCUAAGUACCUGCCCAUCCAUCUGAUCCGCUUCUUCUGGCGGAAGGAUUCCAAGAAGAAGGCCAAGAUUAUGCGCAAGGUCACUUUCCAGCACGAGAUUGACGUCCUAGAGUUCUGCAACGAGGAUCUGAGGAAGAAGGUCAUCCCUGUGCGUGAUAAGGUCCGGGAGCUGCGAAAGGAGGAGGAAGACGUCGAGCGUGCGAAGAAGCGACAGAAGCGGAUGCGGAAGGAGAUGGAGGAGUCUGUCAAUGGCGAAAGCAACGUUCGAGGGGACGAGCCACUGCAGAAGAAGAAGGAGAAGGAAGAGAAGGAUCAGAAGCUCAAGGCCAAAGGGCCGGCGGAAGAGUCGAAGCUGGACAUCGACAAGAAGGCUGCCGGUGGUACACAGGACACGGAGAUGGGCGGCACUGAGACUUUCAAGACGGACGAGGAGAUCGACAGAGAGCGAGCCGAACAGAUCGUGGCGAUGAAGAAGGAGCUACUGUCACUUGUUCACGAGGACAUGAAGAAGGACUCCACGGCUGGGCAGACCGGGCUCUACGAACUCAGGGGUGUCGUCACACAUCAAGGAUCUUCCGCCGACUCAGGACACUACACUGCUUACGUCAAAAAGACCGCUCCUGCGGGCAAGACAGAGGAUGGCAAGUGGUGGUGGUUCAACGACGAGAAGGUGCAGGAGGUGGACAGCGAGAAGAUUGAGACGCUGGCGGGUGGCGGCGAGAGCCACAGCGCUCUCAUCCUCCUGUAUCGUGCAGUCGAGCUGCCGGAGGUCAAGGAGGCGUAA